AUGCCCCAUCCCGCCACCCGCCUCCCCCUCUCCCUCCGCCGUCUCACCUGCUUACCCUCCCUUGCCGCCUCCACCGCGCGCGGCUGCCGCUCGUCCUCUUCAUCCGACGACGAAUUGCCCCUCGCUGACGAGCUCUUCCCGGCCGCCGGGCCUACGCUCCUAUCCGUCGCGCGAUCCCUCGCCGUCGCCUCCCCGCCGCCGUCCGCCGCUUCCGUCCUCGGCUUCCUCUGCCGCCUUCCCCACGACGCCUCCCCGCACAUCUUCCCCCACCUCGUCGCCGCCCUCGCCCGCUCGCCCCGCCCGAUCCUUGCGCUCCGCCUCUUCCUCUCCCCGCCCACGUCCGCCACCACCACCCACCACUCCUUCAACUCCGCGCUACUCCGGUUUCCCCUCCCCCCUCACCUCCUUCCGGCCUUCUUCUCCCACUCCCUCCGCCGCUUCCCUGGCCUCACUCCCACUCUGCUCUCCUUCAACCUCCUCCUCAAGUGCAUCUGCUCCUCUAUGGUCCCAAGGAACCACGGCCUCUAUCUUGCAAUCGCGUUGGGAAUCCUCCACGAUGUCAUUCCAGCGUGGAAUCUUGUGCCGGAUAAGUUCACCUACUCUACCGUCGUCUCUGCACUGGCCGAUGCAGGGCGGGUGGAAGACGCGGUGGCGCUGGUUCAUGAGAUGGUGGUUGAUGGAGUGGUGUCUGCUGAGGCUUUUAACCCCGUGCUGAGGGCGAUGCUGCGUGCAGGGGAUGUCAAUGGGGCAGCCAAGCUAUUUCGGUUUAUGCAGCUGAAGGGUUGCACACUGACCGCGGUGACAUACAAUGUACUGCUGCAUGGUCUACUGUUGUGUGGGAAGGCGAGGGCAGCGAUGAACAUCAUGAGAAGAAUGGAGAAUGAAGGGAUUGUGCCAGGGUUGAUGACCUAUGGAGCAGUGAUCGAUGGGCUGGUGAAGUGUGGGAGAGUGGAGGAUGCAUGGAAGGUGGCUCAGGAAAUGGGGAGUAAGGGGCUUGCACCCAAUGAGUUUGUGUUCUCGGCUGUGAUCACCGGGUUUUGCAAGUCAGGAGAGGUUGACAGGGCAUUGAUGGUGUGGGAGGCAAUGGUGGCAGCUAGGGUAAAGCCGAACGUUGUUUUGUAUUCAGCAAUGAUUGAUGGCUUUGCACGGUCUGGGAGGAUGACAGAAGCUGAAAUGUUAUUUGAAGAAAUGGUUGAUGCGAAAUGCAUCCCAAAUAUCAUGACAUACAGCUCAAUGACUCGGGGUUAUUUCCACAUUGGUAAUUCAUCGCGGGCACUCUCUACGUGGGAGGAGAUGAUAAAGGUUGGCUGUGUGCCAAGUGCCAUUAGUUACAGCAUAUUGAUCAGUGGGUUGUGCGAUGUAGGGAGAUUAAAAGAUGCUAUGAUGGUCUGGAAAAACAUGCUUGGUCGUGGCUGUGCACCUGAUACCAUUGCUUAUACUUCAAUGAUGAAAGGUUUAUGCAUGUCUGGGAUGGUAGAUGGUGGUCUCUGUCUAUUUAAUGACAUGCUGGCAAAGGGUGAUGCCAAACCUGAUGUCAUUACUUAUAAUGUUCUAUUGGAUGCGCUGAUCCGCACAAAUGACCUACCUCGGGCAAUGGACUUGCUUAACCAGAUGCUUGAUCAAAUGUGUGAUCCAGACACAGUAACAUGCAAUAUUUUCUUGCGGGAGAUUGGAGUUGUAGAGGGGAAAGGGAGGGAAUUCUUAGAGGGACUGGCUAUGAGGCUAUGCUAUAGAGAUAGAUAUAGAGCAGCAGGAGAUGUUGUAAUGAUCAUGCUGGCUAAGUAUAUUGUGCCAGAGGCUGUCAUUUGGUAUACCGUAGUGAGAGGAGUUUGUCAGACUAAGAGAGUUCAAAAGAGGAAAACCCCUGCAAAACACAAAUCAAAGAAGAGCAAAGAUGAUGAUGAACCUGUUAUCUAUCUGAAGUUGAAGGAUGAAAUUUUUCACGAGCUUAGCUCAUGGUCUUUCACUUUUCCUAUACGUUUGGAACAGUCAGCUCAACAGGAGAUGAAUAAUUACAAAGAGAUGGGCUUAGUGAUGGCAAUUAAAGCUGACGCUGUUCCAAAGUUCCGAAAGAAGUUGGGGGAUUUGGUGUCUGAAUAG